AUGAAUGCAAGCAUUGUCACAAAGGCCGCGGCCCCAGGCCGUUUGUUGUCCAGCCGCAUCACUCGGCAAUCCAAGCUCAAGGAUUCCGUCUGCAGGCGUGCCAGCAUCCACACCGGUACCUUUACGGUCAGGACCACCAAGUCUCAAGCUCCUCGGGUGACAUGCCAAGCUCCCUCAACGAAGCGCGCAUUCCACGCAACUUCUACUGCCCUAGCCCCGAGUGACCCUUACAAGACCUUGGGCGUCGACAAGUCGGCUUCCGCAGGCGACAUCAAGAAGGCGUACUAUGGCCUCGCGAAGAAGUAUCACCCCGACACGAACAAGGACCCUUCCGCGAAGGAGACUUUUGGCGAGAUCCAGAGCGCAUACGAGAUCCUUUCCGACCCCAAGAAGAAGCAACAAUUCGAUCAGUUCGGCGCCGCCGGCUUCGACCCCAGCGGCGGAGCGGGCGGUGACCCGUUUGGAGGUGCCGGCAACCCAUUCGGCGGCGGUUUUGGUGGACAGGGCGGCUUCGGCGGCGGCUUCAACUUUGACGAUAUCUUCUCUGCGUUCACCGGCGGUCAGGGCUCGCCCUUCGGACGCCGUGGCGGCCGAAACCCGUUCCAGCAGGAGAUACUCGUUGGAGACAACAUCGAGGUGCAAUCGAGCAUAUCCUUCAUGGAAGCGGCCAAGGGAACGAGCAAGACCAUCACAGUUACACCCCUGACGGAGUGCGGUACGUGUACGGGUAGCGGUCUGAAGCAGGGCACCAAGAGAUCGGCUUGCGGCACCUGCGACGGAACGGGAACGCGGGUGCACUUCAUGAACGGCGGCUUCCAGAUGGCGUCGACAUGCGGAACAUGCGGUGGAACGGGAACGACGAUCCCGCGGGGCUCGGAGUGCAGGUCCUGCGCGGGUAACGGUGUCGUGAGGGAGCGCAAGACCAUCACGGUCGACAUCCCCGCGGGUAUCGAGGAUGGCAUGAGGCUGCGGGUCGACGGCGCGGGUGACGCGCCCAUCACCGGCAAGAACGCAGAGCCCAACGUACGCACGCAAAAGGGCGACCUCUACGUCUUUGUGCGCGUUGCUUCGGACCCCAAGUUCAAGCGCGCGGGCUCCGACAUCCUCUACACGGCGACGAUUCCCAUCACGACGGCUAUGCUCGGCGGCGAGGUUACUGUGCCGACGCUCGACGGGCAGGUCAACGUCAAGGUGGCCACGGGCACCAACACGGGCGACAAGUUGACGCUCUCGGGCAUGGGCAUGAAGAAGCUGAACGGCCGGAGGGGUGGCUCGGGUGACCUGAAAGUGGAGUUCAGGGUCAACAUGCCCAAGUACCUGAGCGCGAACCAGCGCACGCUGGUGGAGAUGCUGGCGAACGAGAUGGGAGACAAGACGGCCAAGAGGAUCAUGAACGUCACUCCCCAGGGAUCCCAGCCAAUCUCUCCGGACGACCCAGAGUCUCACAAGAACGAGGGUUUCCUCAAGUCAAUGUGGCACACCCUGACGAACCAUCCUGCUCAUCAGAAGGGAUCCGAGACGGACGCCGGCAAGCCGUCUAAUGACACCAACAAGAACGGGGAGAAGAAGGACGAUUCCAAGAAGGAUUCCGGCUCCGGCUCGGCCUAA